AUGGAUUCUCUGGUGCCUUCGUCCAGCCAUGCUGAACAGCAAUCCUCGACAUUUUCCCAAUUUCAAGAAUUCCCGUUGGAAAUACGCCAAUACAUCUGGGAAGCAGCAUUGCCUGGACCUCGUGUUAUCAUGUUUCAGAUGGAGGCCCCUCACGAUGGAAUGUGUUUCCAAGUUCGGUCAGAUAUUGAUGUCGAUGGCCCCUCAAAUGAUGAAUUCUUCGAUUUUGAGUUCAUGAUACACUUUCGCCAAAGCUUCCCAGGAAGAGAUCCACGAGACCUGACUUCGAGGACGUUUGGCCCAGCCCGUAGCUACACCCCACGGUUUUUUGCUAAGACUCCCAUCAUCACAGCUGUCUGUCGAGAAUCUCGAGCAGUGGCUGAGAAAUCCUAUACCAUGGCGUUCGGGUCACCAAUUUCCUCACCCCGUGUCUGGUUUUCGUUUGAGCGAGAUACGCUGCAUAUGUCCGAGGAUGUUAUUGCGACAUUUGAGAGUGGUCUGUACUCAGUGACCGAUCUAGGCCCUGACUUCGCAAAGGUUCAGCACAUUUCAAUUGCUGAGUCGUACCUUCAGAAUAACUCUUUGCAAGGUGGUCCAAUGGGACACCAAAUCCCACACCGCUGGUGUAGCAAAACAAUUUCAUGGUUCGGCAGCCUACAAUCAAUCACCUUCACUAUCAUCCCUAGUUUUCAAUCGUUCAAGGGCGACUUGAUUUUGGUUGAGAUUCAGGAUGUUGCAGCUAUGCUGGAUCGCGUUGAGAAAAUCAACGACCAAUUGUCAGAGCCAUACAACGCGUGGCCCAUGACAAGAACCAAACUUAUAAAAGCACCUCUCGAUGGGUGGGAGAGAGGCGUUGUGGAAGCUAUCAGCAAGGAAGUUGAGGAGCGGGCGAAGUUCGACGAUUUCAGGGGAGUCAUCCCUCCAAGGGUGGACUGUCUGAAGAUUUACAGGAUGGUGCUCACCACGGCUCAAGAUCCUCAUAUGACGCUGUUAUUCGAUACUGUUAUGAAAGAAUUGGAAGGAUUUGAGUUCGACUCUUGA